UUUGCUGAGAUUAACUGUUGAAUUACCAAGACUAACCACAAUGCCAGAAAUACAGUGUGACCUUGGAAAGCAUGUCACUCAGACAAUUCCUUUAGUUAAUUCUACACAUGAAACCUUAGAAUUGCAAGCCACAAACACUAAUCCUGGAAAUUUCAUCCUGGAUGUUAACAGAUCACCACUGAUCUUACCUCCUUCCUCCACCAAAGAGGUUUUUGUCCACUUUUUUCCUUCUGCUCUUGGAAGAACUGGUCAUCAAGCUUCUAUCAUCUUCCACUGUACUCAGUUUAAAGAAUGGAAAUUCUGCCUGUCUGGAGUGGGAUUAUUCCCCCAGCCUCUAGGUAUAGAAAGAGUAACCACAUACCUCCAUCUCCAUACAUCUAUCGUUGUAUCUUUCCAAAACCCUACCCAGGAAAAUGUCUUAGUCAAUAUCAUACUAACAAGUAAGUUAUUUUUCUUAUACAUUCCAUAUGUUAUUUUGUAAUCAUUAAUCAAACUUGUUUUAUCAUGGAAUCAAAGCAUUUUAGAGGUAGAGGACAUUUUAGAGAUCCAUUAGUU